UUUGGAAGAUGGAGUUAUUAGCCAAACCCAUUUGUCAGUACAAAAGCCUGGGGCUGACCCACACAGGGGGCAAGGGCGACCCACUGGGUCAUGCAACUGCAGUUUGCACAGUGCGGUGCCCUCUUUAAUGUCUUCUGCCUGUGGGAGAAUAACUUCAGAAAUGGUGACAGAUUCCAGUUAGCUGUGUCCCAAGAGAGCAUGUGAUACUGCCCCCUUCAGUUGGAGGUGAGAAACGGACUCUCCUGAAGUUCUACAGCUGGAUAACUAAAGUGCCAGGGAGGUUUACUUGCAUGAGUCCAGUCGUCACAGUUGGGUGGGCACUGCUGUUGUCACCCUCUCUAUACAUGAAGACACCGAAGGCAGGGAGGGUGAGGGACUGGUUUGGGGGCUCUUAGCUGGUAAGGGGAGGGGGCCUCUGAAAGAACCCAGAGCCUGACUUCUGGGUUUCUGGCUUGUCUGGGGUGGGGGUGCUCUUGCCCCUCCAGCACCAGAGGCAGCCUCCUGGGCCCCCAGGAAGGGCACCAUGGCUCCCAGCCAUCUCUAGUCUGGCAGGAGCUGCCCCCAGGAUUUCGGCUGUGCCGGUGGUCCCGUGGGGAGAUGAUUGUCCUGCAGUUGUCAGGUGAAGGAGUGGCCGCAGAGGUGGUCCUGUGAGGGCACACUGCCAGGCAGGGCAGCAGAAGGCAGAUGGGAAGGAAGUGUGUGCCCCACCCCCCAAGGUGUCCCUGAUCGCCUCGAGGGGGCUGGCAUAUCUGCCUGGGGGGUGGGGUGGGAAGACAUGGCCUGGAGGGGAGUGUGCAUGGGGGGGGGGGUGUGGAGGGGAGCUCUUCUUUUGAGGCCGCACAAAACCUUGUGCUGAGACAUUGCAUUCCUGCUGGCUGGCUUCCUGUUCAGAUGCAUUCCUGCCCAGAGUCACCGAGGAGACUGCUGCUUGGAAUUUGGCCUCACAUUCUCCAAAUUCAGGGCGAGAUCUGGCAAAGUUUCCCUCCCUUCCCUCCCCACCUUCUCGCUUUGGAGGGAGGAAGCCACGGGACUGGCCAGCCCUCCUACCCUCCUUCCCCGGGAGGGCUGGUGGGGCGUCCAGCGGGGCCUGGGGGGUUUGGUAUACACGUCCCGUUUGAAUUGCACAAAGCGGUUUCUGGCAGGCCCAGUGCUCUCUGCUUCCCUCUCUGUGUCUGAGAAAGAGGAAUGGGGAGCAGAUGCUGCCCAGGAUAGGCCUGCCAGGAGGGCAGGAGCGGUCAGCCCAGAGGACCCAGGGCUACUGGGCAGGGGUUUGUUUGGCUUGACAAGCAGGUAUUAAGAACAGCUGGCAAGUCAAGCACCUGGCUACCAUUCUUCCUUUCCUGGGCAUGUCUGUCGGCCUGUUUCAUGGUCUUAUAAAGUUAGAAUCUUGUAGUUUGUGGUUCUCUGAUGAAAGCUCCUGCGCAGGGUGUUUGAGAAAGGGUGCGAAGGAGCUGGGAGCAGAAGGGGUGGGCAGACAUCCUUCCCUCCCAGAGAACAGCCACUUCCUCCCAGGCGCCAGCUCCGGCCCACCCAGCCCCGCCCCCCAGGGUCAGGUGCCGGUUUGCACGUCCACCAGCUCCCUGGUCUGCUUCCAGGGGAUUUGGGUUCUGCUGGGGUUUUUCCAGCCAGGUCACCUUCCUUAGGAGGUUGAGGUUUCCUUAGAGGCCACCAGCCAUCUGGUCACCAGGCUCUCUCUUUCAGCAGCCGCCUGGUCCCCCAGCCCCUCUCAGGGCCUGGGACGAGCGAGGGUCGUGGGGUGGAGUGGGUAGGAGAGGGCCGCAAUGAGGAAAGGGAAGCUGUUCCGCUUGCGCUUGCACCACCUCCAGGCCUCUCUCCUUUCGGACUCCCUGGCUCACUUCUUCCCCAGUCCUGCAGUCCCACCCAGCCCCCAGCUUUAGGGUCCCUGGGUGAGGAAGAGGAGGGGCACCCAAGGUGCUCUGGAGCUGUCCUAAAGGAUUUCCCUCUGGGCAGAGAUCAGUCCCCUAUUUCUCGCGCCAGUUUCUGAGUGGCGGUGUGACGUGCCCCAGGCGCACAGCUGGGAGCUCAGGGACGGACGUCUGCGCCCUGGUCAGCGGCCUUCCCACGGCCAGCACGUGGGGUUCCGUUUCCUUCCGCGCUCUAGUCCAGUCCCCGCCCGUCGGCUUCAUCUGGGCGGCAGGAAGGCAGGACUCCGCGUGUGAACCGGGGGCGGAGUGACCCUGCGCAACCAGACAGAGAGCGACCUGGGGGUGGGAGGGGGGCUGCCCCGGCCUGAAGCACAGAGGAUCGGCGUCCCGAAGGAGAGGGACCAGGGUCCUUCUCUGCGCCCAGCCAGCCCUGGGGGGCCACCCCGGCACACGUGGCCCCGCGUGCAGCCCCCGCUCUCUUCACACCUGCAACCCUCCUGUUGCCUCGGUUCAUCCCCCCGCUGGGAGUGGCCCGGGGCGGCGCCCAGGGAGUCAGGACGACAGCGAAGCCCGGGGCGCUGCAGCAGCUAGGGGACGCGGGAGAGCGCUCCGUCCCGCUGCAGCAGUCAGGGCGGAGCGGGGCCAUGCUGGGCCGGCGGCGCGUCUUCGCAGUGGAGCCUCUGGGCGGCCGGGAUGGAUCUGGUGAGAACCUGGCCCAGGGUUGCGUUGUGCCUGGAGUCACCAGCACCUACAGACGGAUCCUGGAUGCCUCUCAAGGGUGCUCACUGGGCUCCCGGGAGGGGGAUGGUGAGGUGAAGGGUCUCUGGGGGCAGGUGCCACUUCUCAAACUGGCCUCCCAGGACUCAGGAGUGGAGAUGGCGGUUGGGGACAGCUCCCUGACCACCUCACCGGGCCUUUCUGAGGAAUCUCUGGACUUUGAGCCUGUGGGGCGCCGUGAGCCCCUGGCCCUGCCUGUGGAGCUUCCUGCCCACCUGGACCGUAUCCUGGCCAGCCGGAAGCUAGAGCAGGUGCUGGAGCGGUCCAGCCAGCUCCCGACUUCCCCUGCCAGCUUGUCACAACACUGCCGCUCCCCAAAGCCAACAAGGAAGCCUGAGACGGAGUGCCCCUUUUUUGGAGCAGGGGACCAGGAGGCCACCAAGGCAGAAACUGACCAAGAGGCAGGCCCAGAAGAAGCAGAGGUGGUGAGGGGCGUGGGGCCUGAAGCCUGGGCCUGCCUCCCAGGACAGGGUCUUCGCUAUCUGGAACACCUGUGCCUAGUGCUGGAGCAGAUGGUGCGGCUCCAACAACUCCAUCUGCAGCUGCAGACCCAGAGGCUCCCUGGGGGCCCAAGUGUCCUUCUCUCCUGCACUCGGGACCCUGACGAGGAGGAGCCGACCCUGGAGCCUUUGCUUCCACCCUCUCACGCCCCAGGCAGUGGGGUACACGGGUCCUGGGAGCUGCUCAGCCAGGCAAAGGAGGCAGGACCUGGGUCACCUGAUUCUCUCUCUGAAAGCGCAAAAGGAGCUUCACUCCCAAAGGUGGCAGUGCCCAGUGCCCACCCUUCUGGGCUGUCAGAGGCCUCCACAGGGCCAGCUUACAACUUGCCAUGCUCCCAGAUUCACAAGCGGGAUCUCUCCCACUGGAACAAGGUCAAGGUCCUUCUCAAUCGGAUUCGCUGGAAGAGCUCUCAACAUUCUGAGCCCCCUGCCCCUCCUCAUGGCCCUGCCCCCAGGAUUGGGUCAAGGGACCUCCCUGAAAGACCUCCAUGCCGCCCCCUCCGGAAGACUUUUAUGCCAUCAUUAGUGGUGAAGAAGCAACAAGGAAAAAACCUUUCUGUCUGCUGAGACAUCCUGGUGCAGGCAUGCUCCUGUGCAGAGGGGUGUGCAGUGAAGUCUUCUUUGCCCUUUGCCCUGUCGCUGUUUUUGGGCACUGCCAGAGAAGCUGCCGACGCUUGCACUUCUCUCUGAGGCGAGGGCUGAGUCCUUCUCAUCUGAGCAGCUUGGCAGGGGAGUCCUGGUUCCCCGAGAGACCCCAAAGUGUGGCAGCCCCUGGGCACCUCCCUUGGCUUCCAGAAAUCCCUGAGCCUCGAUAAUGUGAACUGAUUCCUCAGGCAUCCUUGGAGCCUGUUUGGCAUGGUGAUGUUGUCAGGGCCCAGCCUGCUGCGUAUGUGUCUAUAUGCAAAUGAUACAUACACAUAUCUCUGUGAGACUGCCACAGCUGUGAACUGACUGGAUCCAACCAGCUCUCCUGAACCACACACUCAGAAAGCCGGUCUUCUGGGCGAAGUGACUGCAGAGGGAGGGAACUGACUGACCUUCAUGCCUCAGUGCACAGUUGCUAGUCCUGGAGUCCUGCUUUUCUCCUCAUUGCUGUGUGGGAAGCCCCAGCACAGAGAAGGGCACUGCCUUGGCUGUCUCCGCGUUGAGUCUGGUCCAUGGAGCCGUGCCUGUGAAGACUGCACCAGGAAUGGGGAGGGUUCAAGAAAAACAUGGACACUAGCAGAGUAACCCCAGGGGUCUAUUCCUAGCUGCGUUGUUCCUCACUAGCUUUACACCAUCACAGCUGAAACUGGAGGCCCAUACCAGCUUUUAGACCUGGACAAAGUCCCUUAACUUUUUUGAGCCAUAGCUUCCCAUUUAAUCUCCCAAAUGGUAUAAUGAUGAUUGACCUACCUACCUCACCGGCUUGUUAUGAGGAUAAAAUGAGAUUAAACUGUCUCAAAGUGCUU